AGGAAACCUGAACUGUGGCUUUUGUUCCAGCCCCCUCAGAGGUCUGCUAUAAAAGCCUGAGCUUCCUCUCUGAGCCUCUGCUCUGCUGAUCUGGAGACAGUCUCCGUCCACCAUGAAGCCUCUCCUGCUUGUGUCUCUGCUUGGCUGCCUCGCCACCGUGUUCACUGCUCCUGCUGAAAAGGUCAGAUGGUGCCUCAUAUCGGAUACAGAAAAUCAGAAAUGUUUGUUCCUCGCAAAGAAAGCUCCUGCCCUCUCCUGUGUAAGAAGAGACAGCGCCAAAGACUGUAUCAUCGCAAUUAAGGCCCAUGAAGCUGAUGCCAUCACUUUGGAUGGAGGUGACAUCUACACUGCUGGACUGAAAAACUAUGACCUGCAUCCUAUCAUUGCUGAGGACUAUGGCACCUCCUCAGACACCUGCUAUUUUGCUGUUGCUGUGGUGAAGAAGGGCACAGGAUUUGGCAUCAAUGAUCUCAAAGGGAAGAAAAGCUGCCACACAGGUUUGGGGAAAUCUGCAGGCUGGAACAUUCCUGUAGGAACACUGGUGUCCAUGGAUAUACUUCAUUGGGACGGCAUUGAAGACAAACCUGUGGAGGAGGCCGUGAGCGAGUUCUUCCAGGCCAGCUGUGUCCCAGGAGCAACGAUGAGGAAACAACAACUGUGCCAGCUGUGUAGAGGAGACUGCUCCAAGUCCCACAGAGAGCCGUACUAUGAUUACAGUGGAGCUUUCCAGUGUCUGGCAGACGGUGCUGGAGAUGUGGCUUUUGUGAAGCAUAAUACUGUUCCUGAGUCUGAAAAGGACAAGUAUGAACUACUUUGCAAGGACAACACCAGAGCUCCAAUCGACAGCUAUGAACGGUGCAACUGGGCCCAAGUACCAGCUCACGCUGUUGUGUCCCGCAAGGACGCACAACUGGCUGAACUCAUAUGGACAAUCCUCAGCUCACUAUCGCCCGAUGAUCUCUUCACGUCUGUAAAUGGCAAAGACCUGAUGUUCAAGGACUCUACAAAAAAACUUGUGCAGGUUCCUCCAGACACAGACUCCUUCCUGUACCUGGGUGCUGAAUACAUGGGCAUCAUUCGUUCUCUUGAGAAAGAGCCGAGCACAUCCACAUCCACUAGUAUUAAAUGGUGCGCUGUGGGACACGCUGAGACAGCCAAGUGUGACCUGUGGAGCAUAAGCAGUGUCACAGGAGAAGGCUCAGAUGCCAAAGCGGCCGUUGAUUGUGAGACGGCCGACACAGUUGACAACUGCUUGAAAAAGAUUAUGCGUGAAGAGGCUGAUGCAAUAGCUGUAGAUGGAGGACAGGUGUACACAGCUGGAAAAUGUGGUCUGGUUCCUGUCAUGGUGGAACAGUAUGAUGAAGACCAGUGCAAAGCUAAUACAAGAUCAUUCUCCUCUUACUUUGCUGUGGCUGUGGUAAAGAAGGGUUCAGGUGUGACCUGGAACAACCUGAAGGGCAAGAGGUCAUGUCACACUGGCUUCGGCAGAACUGCAGGCUGGAACAUCCCCAUGGGUCUAAUCCACAACACAACUAAUGACUGUGACUUCACUAAGUUCUUCAGCAGUGGCUGUGCCCCUGGAUCAGACCCCAGAUCUCCAUUCUGUACACAGUGUGUUGGCAACAGGAAAACAGUGGGAGAUGAUGACAAGUGUGCAGCCAAUAGUAAUGAGGAGUACUAUGGCUACGCUGGAGCCUUCAGAUGUCUUGUUGAUGGUGCUGGUGAUGUUGCCUUUGUCAAACACUCGACUCCCACUGAAAACAGUGAUGGUAAAGGUCCAGACUGGGCUCAGAAUGUGAAGUCUGCUGACUAUGAGCUGAUCUGUCCUGGGAGUCACAGUCCUGCACCAAUCUCUGACUUUAAGUUAUGCAACUUGGCCAAAGUGCCUGCACACGCUGUAAUGACUCGUCCAGAGAUCCGCAACACAGUGGUCAAAACCCUGAAAGACCAGCAGGAUAAGUUUGGACGUCAUGGCAGUGAUUCCACAUUCAAAUUGUUUGAUUCAGAAGGAGGAAAGAACCUCCUCUUCAAGGACUCCACUCAAUGUCUCCAAGAGGUUGACGCGGGGAGAAAAUAUGACCAGUUUUUGGGUGAAGGGUACAUGCUUUCCAUGAAUUCACUCAGACAGUGCAGCCAAAGUACUCCAGAUCUGGAGAAAUCGUGCACGUUCCAUUCCUGCCAAAAAAACUAGUGGCGCCCAUGGAGCUUGAGAUGCUUGAGCCGGCUCGCAGUGGUUCGAGCACCUCACCAACACCUCCCGCACUCAACCCAAACAUGGUGUGGUGUAUUUUACUGCUGUUCUUCCUUUAGACCUGUUUCAAGAAAAGCAAACUAACACACGGCUUUACCACAAACCAGCCAUUAUGUGACCAUCAUGUUCCUAUGUAGCCAUUUAACGCUGUUACUAAAUAAAACCUUUAAGUGUU